ACCACACAUACAUGCAAGUCUAGCAGAGAGGUCUGACUCCUGAUCAGUUCCAAAUCCCAGUGCAUUAUGGCCUCAAAUUCAGCAAUCUCACUAGAUUUCCUGAUCUUGUCAAUAAUCCUAGUACAAAUCGUUGGUACUGGUGCUGGUCGGAUAGCAAUCUACUGGGGUCAGAAUGGAAAUGAGGGAACUUUAGCCCAGACUUGUGCUACAGGUAAGUAUGCCUUUGUAAACAUAGCUUUCCUUCCAACCUUUGGCAAUGGUCAAAAACCAACCAUCAACCUUGCUGGCCAUUGUGAUCCAGACAGCAAUGGCUGCACCAGAUUCAGUUCUGACAUAAAAUCAUGUCAAGCAAAAGGAAUUAAGGUGAUGCUCUCUCUCGGAGGAGAGAUAGGGACCUACAACCUUAGUUCAACUGAGGAUGCUAGAAAAGUUGCAGGCUAUCUUUGGAAUAACUUCUUGGGUGGAUGCUCCAAGUCUCGUCCUCUUGGAGAUGCUGUUUUGGAUGGAAUUGACUUUGCUAUUUUGCAUGGAACAACCCUACACUGGAAUGAGCUUGCAAUUUUUCUCUCUAGAUAUAGCAAACCAGGAAAGAAAGUGUAUCUAACUGCAGCUCCCUUGUGUCCUUUUCCUGAUAUAUGGAUGAAAGGUGCCCUUCAAACUGGUCUGUUUGACUAUGUCUGGGUUCAGUUCUAUAACAGUAAAAAAUGUGAGUAUUCCCCAGAUCAUAUUGGCAAACUACUGCAUGCAUGGAAGAAUUGGACUUCUAUUCCAGAAACUGAGAUAUUCUUAGGUCUUCCAGCAGCGCCUGAGGCAGCAGCAAGUGGUUUUAUUCCGGCUGCUGUUCUAACCUCUGAAGUGCUUCCAGCCAUUAAAACUUCUGCCAAAUAUGGAGGUGUGAUGCUUUGGUCCACAUACUAUGAUGACCAGACGGGAUACAGUUCUUCCAUCAGGAGUCAUGUUUAGAAAUCUGAACUACCCUUUAAUUGAUCAUGCAUUAAUAAUUUCAUGAUUUCUACAUCGAUCUUUCAUAUCUAUUCUCCCAAAUGCUGAAUAUGCAUCUAUUUAGACCAUCUAUCCUUCU